GGGACAGGCAAAGGAGGGAGGGAUACAGACAGCCGUGACACUUAUUCUCAGCCCCGGGCACUUGGAGAUCCGCUCUACCGAGGUCUCCCUAUCUGGGGUUCUCUGGAGACGGAAACCUGGGGUUGGGGCUGGGGCUGAGAUUGGGGCUGUGCCUGCCAGUCUAGGAAAGCGGCGGCUGCAACCUCUCCUAGCCACAGCGCGGAGGGGCUCGGGCGGCAGAUUGGAGAACACUUCUAUUUUCCUAAUAUCCUGUCAAAAGAGUUUUGGAUUGAGAGAGAGCCUGGAGGCCUGAGAACUGGGAUUGUCCUUGCUUUUGACUGCUGGGUGAUUUGGGCUCUCUGCCCUCAGCCCCUACCAUGGCCACAGCCGUAGCCCAGAAGCUCAGCCGCUUCUUCCCCAGUGUCCGGCAGCUGGGGCAGAUGCCCAGGCUCCUGGGGGAGCUGGCAUCCCCCUUGCCAGACAGUACUGUGGGCCGGGCUGAGGUGCCUCGCCUCUUCUGGAAGCCAUAUAUCUACUCAGGCUACCGGCCCCUACAUCGCACCUGGCGUUUCUACUUCCUGAGCCUUUUCCAAAAGCACAAUGAGGCUGUCAACGUCUGGACCCACCUGGUGGCUGCCCUGGUGCUGCUCCUGCGCCUGGCCUACUUUGCGGGCACCGUGGACUUUGUGGGCGACCCCCACGCCCAGCCCCUCUUCCUCAUUGUCCUUGCUUCCAUCACCUAUCUGCUGUUCAGUGCCCUGGCCCACCUUCUCCAGGCCAAGUCUGAGUUCUGGCAUUACAGCUUCUUCUUCCUGGACUACGUGGGUGUGGCCGUGUAUCAGUUUGGCAGUGCCCUGGCCCAUUUCUACUACGCCAUUGAGCCCGCAUGGCAUGCUCGCGUGGCGGCCAUCUUCCUGCCCGCCGCUGCCUUCCUUGCCUGGCUGUCUUGCGCUGGCUCCUGCUAUACCAAGUACCGCCAGUUGCCGGGGCUGCUGGGCCGACUUUGCCAGGAGGUGCCCUCAGGAUUGGCCUACGCAUUGGACAUCAGCCCGGUGGUGCACCGCAUCUAUGUGGCCCAGGCCCUGGGCCAGGAGGACCCUGCCGUGCUCUAUCAUAAGUGUCAAGUGGCUUUUUUUCUUCUGGCAGCCGCCUUCUUCUCAGCUUGCUCCCCUGAGAGGUGGUUCCCUGGAAAGUGCCACAUCUUUGGGCAGGGUCACCAACUGUUCCAUGUCUUCCUGGUGCUGUGCACACUGGCCCAGCUGGAAGCCGUGGCCCUGGACUAUGAGGCCCGACGGUCCAUCUAUGAAGGGCUCCACCACCGUGCCCCCCACAACUUCUCUGCCCUCUUCCUCCUGACUGUGAUCUGUAGUGUCCUCACUGCCCUCUUCCUCAGCCACCGUGUGAAGCGGGAGCUCAGCUGCAAAGAAGACUGAAGGGGCAAUGAGGGGGUGCUGGGUAGGGAGGGUGGAGGGGCCUCGGUGGGCCCAGCUCAAGAGCAAAGCGAGGAGAGCAAUCAGACUACCGUAGAAGCCCCAGUAAAGUUGUUUGUAUCUGGCCAUUGGUGAAUCCAAGUACCCUCCCCCCCCUCAGUGCCCUUCUUCUCCCAGUUCCAGAGGGGUGGGGGAGGAUAGUAGAUCUGGGCUGUGAUAGGAAGAUGGAAUAUGAAGCUUUAGGAUGAUAGGAUAUUUCUUUGUCUCCAGACUGGCAGACCACUCCCCCUUUCUACCCUGUCCUGUAUGCAUUCCUCACCCAUCUCUCCUUCCAUGGAGCUAGAAGAAAUAGACUGGUAGGAGAGGUGAAUGUGUUUGACUUGAUCACUAGUAGGCAUGGUCAUGAUCCCCUCCUUUCUCUGAAGUUACUUUGGGUACAAUGGAUGUGGCAUGUGCUCCUGUCCUUUGGGCAAAAGGGGCAUGCAUCUGGGUGUCAGAUUGGGUCAGAGGCAAAGCCCAGGGCUCUGAGGUUGACUGGAAGGUGAAGACAAUGGAGCCACAGAUGGAUUUGAGAGUGGGGAAAGGAGGUUCUAGGGUGGUCUCAAGACUCAGCAAUCCUCAGUGGUAGAGAGAAAUGGGGAAAGAGAUUUUAGGAUGUUCUUGGGAUUGAGGUCUUACACUCACUGGGACAGGGUACCAAAGCUUCCUUCUCUCCCAGCAAAGCUGGUGGGCACUUUUCAGCCACAGAAGGGUGCCUCAGGAGGUAGUCUGAAGUGAACAGAGGAACCAGAAGUUGAGUUGGAGGGCUACAUAAUAGCAGUACUGUUUCCUUCCCGGUGGACACCCUCCCUAGUCCCUACCCUUUGUUGUGUGAACAUGGGGGAGGUAGAAUUUUUUGUUUCCUUUCCCACUCAGAACCUAUCCUUUUUAUCCAAAGGUGUUUUCCUUCUUUGGGCUCUAGGCCAAAACCUAGAUGAAAACUUAAAGGAUAGGUCUGGCUGGCCUAGCCCACCUCUCCUAGCUGUCAUGGGUCUCUCUUUCCUGGACCCUGGAGUUACCCGGUCUAUCUCUCAGAUGAUCUCUGCUCAGGUCUUGCCAUUCUGGGCUGAAUUAGGCUUGACUUCUCCCUGAGCUGGGGGUAGUGGGGGUGGGGAAUAGAAAUCCUCUAAUCCACCUUCUUCAUUUAAUGAGGAAACUGAGGCCAGAGAUGAGAACAUACCUGCCCAAAGUCACAUGGCAAUUUAGUGAUAUAACUAAGGUUAAAACUCAGGUUCUCUGAUCCCCUUUCACUAUACUGUGCUACAGCUGUCUGCUUGCUCUUCUUCCAGGGAGAGUCUCAGAUCUUUUCAAUGAGGCCCUGAGGACUGAGCUGAGGGAGGUACUUGGGGCAUAAUGCUGUCCUUGGGGGUCAGGGGAGACCCGAUGCUACUGCUGCUACGUGUAGGAAAGUGUGUGAGUGGGCUGGGUAGAGAUCCAGGCCCUUCAUCUUAAGAAAACUGUCCUGAUUGCAACUUCCUGCCUCCUGUCCUCUGGCCACAGCCCCACAGAGAGGUCCAGGAGGUUCGAGGGAGGAAGGAAGCCUAAGUCAGCCUUUCCUGAGACACUGGUCUGGCUGGGCAGCAUGGGGCAGGGCUUCUUCUUUCGUGAUUUUCCGGGCCGGUUGCCUGGACUGAAAUGGGCCUUAAUAAAUAUUAACUGAAUUUGAA